AUGGACCAGGACCAACAGACAAAAGUACUAGGUAUGCGGUGGAGUACCAAAUCGGACACAAUUACAUACAAGAAAAGGGAAUUAGCUCUUACAGACGACAUACUUACUACCAAACGAGAAAUCUUGAAGGAAUCUUCAACUAUAUUCGACCCACUUGGAAUACUUAGUCCCGUUACAGUCAAAUGCAAAAUGUUUAUGCAGUCAUUGUGGGAAAAGAAAUUCGACUGGGACGAAAUUUUACCCCAAGAAGUUAUUUCAGAAUGGAAGAAGAUUAGGUCAGACAUAGAGAAAUGCAUUGAAACAGAAAUCCCUAGGUGUUAUUUCACGAACCCGACGCCCAAAGAUAGAACAUUGCAUAUUUUCACAGAUGCCAGUUUUAAAGCAUAUGGCGCAUGCACUUACCUAGUUUCCGGGAAUGAGAGUAAAUUAGUCAUGGCAAGGAACAGAGUCGCGCCAUUAAAGCAACAUACCAUACCAAAGCUUGAAUUAACAGCUGCAGUUAUUGGGGCAAGAUUGUGUGACUACAUCACAUCAAGUAUUUACUGCAAGCGUGUGAUUUUGUGGCGCGAUAGUCAGAUAGUCCUCAAAUGGUUAUGUUCACCAAAGUCACAGAAACCUUUCGUUGGAAACAGUGAUAAAGAAAUCAUGGCAUUGACAAAUUCACAUGAAUGGCGAUAUUGUCCUACGGAAUCCAAUCCUGCAGAUCUCUUAUCAAGAGGAAUCUCCUUCGGAAAGUUCAAAUAUAAUACAUUGUGGAUGAACGGACCCUCCUGGUUGUUACAUGAAGAAAACUUUCCUGUUGGGGAGGAUCCUUUAGCAACAUUUGUGACAAGUAUUACAGAUACAUGUGAAGCUGUAGCAGGUACAGUCAGCGCAGAAGAACACAACGCGAAUGGACUCACUUCCGGCAAUGUAGCAGACAUAUUUAAUGUUAACAGAUUCAGUUCAUAUAAAAGAAUUUUGCACGUGACAGCAUAUGUACUGAGGUUCAUUAGUAAUUGUAGAAGUACACACAAGGUACACGGAAUGCUGAAUUCUCUUGAAAUUGAUUCCGCCUCAAGAGUACUGAUUGCGCAUGCGCAGAAGAAAAAUUACCCGGAUAUCAUAAAGUAUUUUGAGAAGAACUGUCGUCAGACGAAACCGAAUCUCAUCAGACAGCUUGAUUUAUUCAUGGAUGAAGAUAGAAUCAUUCGAUGUGGGGGACGAAUUGGAAAUGCAGCUUUACAUGAAAAGAUAAACUUACAGACUUUAUCAUUUCAAAUGCACAUGUUUCUAGCCUACACUCAGGUUUAG